AAGAAACUGUAUACACUAACAAAACUGAUAGUGAAAGUGAUAGUAACAAUAUGCCUUCUUCUACAAGCACAUUAGCCAGUACUAAAAAAAAGAGAAAUAGAAGUAAGAAGAGUUUCAUGUGGAAGUACUUUACAGUAGUUGAAACAAAAGAUGAAAAAAAAGAUGUAUGUCAAGUUAUGGUUAAGAAAAAAGGAGAAGACAAAAAAUGUGAAGUAGAAUAUAUUCAUAACAAUUCAACAUCAAAUAUAAUUGCUCAUCUAAGAUCGCAUAAUAUCAUAGACAAUAAAAAACAAAAAUCCGAAAUACAACAAAAUAAACAAACUACAUUAACUGAAUUAAUCCGAUCUAAUAUUCCACAUAAGGUCGAUAAGCAAAAAGAAUUAAAUAAAGCAGUUGUUGAGUGGAUACUUCUUGAUAAUCAACCAUUAUCAGCACCAAGAAAAAAAGGAUUUCGUUGCAUGAUAACAAAAUUUGACCCAAGAUUUCGUCCACCUUCUGAUAGAGUUAUAAAAAAUGAAAUAGCAUUUAGUUACUUAAAAAAUAUUGAUAUUCUUCGACAUGAAAUCAAACAAUCUUGCAAAACUGCUACUAUAACAACUGAUUUGUGGACUUCACAUAAUAACCAAGGCUAUAUUGGAUCUAAUUUAAUUAGUACUGAACCUUAUUUUGAAGAAGAAGAAACUGGCGAAGUUAAUGAUGGUGUUAAACUUGAUAACAUUACUGAUGCGACACCUAUACAAUCUAUUUCUUCCACCAGUACUACUUCAACUAAUCGUUAUUUUGCAUCAAUAUUUGAUAAUAAUGAUGAUGAUAAUCUAUUAAAUAAUAAAAGUGAAUUAGAUAAAUAUUUAGAAGCAUCGCUUGCAUCACCAUCAAAAUGA